UCGCGCAGGCGGGAGGGCCCAGGUGAGGGGCGCGCGUUGCCCGGCGACGGGCGGGGGGCGCCGCGCGGCCUAUCCCGGCCUCGCCUUCCUCCCGCGGCCCCGCCGAGCCCCUUCCGGCCCCGCCGAGCCCCGCCGAGCGCCGCUGCCGCCAUGGCCAGCUCCCCCGUGUCCCGAGUGGUGUACAACGGAAAGCGCAGCGGCGGCCCGCGCUCCCCCGGUGCCGGCAGCGAGAUCUUCACGCCGGCCCACGAGGAGAACGUGCGCUUCAUCUACGAGGCCUGGCAGUGCGUGGAGCGCGACCUGCGCAGCCAGAUGGGCUCCGAGCGCGGCCUGGUCGAGGAGUACGUGGAGAAGAUGCCGAACCCCAGUCUGAAAGCGUUUAAACCCGUCGACCUGGGUGAUCUGAAGAGGAGGAACACACAGGAUGCAAAGAAGUCCUAAAGCGGGUCCUCCCUGUGGGUCAGCUGCUCUCCUGAGGUCCUCAAGCAGAUUUAAUUUGAGAUUUUGUGUUGAUUUCCUCCUCUGGUCUGUCCUCCUAAAAGCCUGCGGGAGAGCCAGUCAGCUUUGGGGCUGGCUCUGAAGCUGCCUGAGGUCGAGGAUGCUCAGGGGCUCACCGAGACUGCCCAGAGCCUGUUGCAAAGGAUUCCAGCCCCCCGCUCAUAGCUUUCUAUGGCCUCAAACUGUCCUUCCCCACUUCAUGCUGAGCAACCCGAUCCCCUGUUCCCCUCCUGUUGCUGCUCUCUGUGUUAGGCUGGGCAGGGCCAAGGCAGAUGCGCUGUUGCUGUUGGAUCGGGCAGCCCUGGAUCUCGCUUUCCCCUGUGCACCGAAGCUCCACAGCUGCUAGGGCUGGCCAAGGGCAGGAGGCACAGUCGAGUCUGUUCCUGUGCCUCCAGACACAGGGGCAACCCCUGUCCAGCCCUGCUAUGCACCUGAGGCUGGGACGACCAUAGCCAGGCUCCUCCCAGUUCCACUGUGGCCGCAAGUUGCUACCUGGGCUGCUUGCUUCCAGAGCAUGUGGGCUCACAUCUGAGGCCAGAUUUUCUGCCUGCUUAGAUCAGGCCUGGUCCCUACAGAUGAAGAGAGGUGGAGUGUCAGCACCAGCCCCAGACUCCUGAGAGGUGCUCAGAGUGACCUGGGCCACCUGCGGCCCCCUGGCCUCAGUGCCCCAGCAGCCUCACAGGAGACAGUGGCCGUGGGGGCAGCCGUGGGGCUGCAUGGAACAAGGCUCAGGAGCUCCUUGCCCUGACAACACUGCAGUUUUGUACUAACACCAUUUUCCAGAUACACACCCUUGGAAGAGACCUGGCCCUUCAGCUCACUCUGGGUGGCCAUAGGUGGUGGAACUGCGCCAGGGGUGCUUCCUUAAGCCACUCACUCCUGGCCACUGCUUGGAUGGUUCCUGUACCUUUGCCUGAGCCAGGGAGAGUGACUGUGUCAUCUUCAUCCACCUGAGCUGCUGGGCUGCUCCGUGGGAAGGGGUGGCAGCCCCCUGCCCGCCUGUGCUCCGAGCUGGCGGGGAUGGGGCUGCCAGGCCUGCCCAGUACCAUGGCCGUGGGAAGGCUGCAGGGACUUGGGGCUGCCGGUACCUUUCCUUUGUUGAGUCCUUGAGUUGUACUGUACCCUUUCCUUUCUGUGGUAUGUCACUUGAGGAGUGUUGUAAAUAAACGCUGGUGUCCUUUU